AACCAGUUAUAGCUAGUGCUAAUGCUAAUGUUAAUAAUACAUUUCUCGAUGCAAACAAAUGUGAUAUUUUAAAAACUAAAAUGGCUGGAAAAUACACUCCAGUACCAGCAAAUGAUCCCUAUACUGCAACAAAUCCAGUAAUCUUUUUAACAUGGUUAAAAGGAAAGUAUAGUACAGAAACAGUAGGAAGCAAACGGAUGGCAGAAAGAUUUUUAUCCCAAGAACAAUUCAAUCCAACUGAUACACCAGAUAUGUAUAGAGAAAGAAUAAGGCCAUAUUUAACCUAUAUACCUUAUGAUGAUCUAUUACCAUAUCUUUAUGAUCAUUUGCCUGAAAAUAUUGAAGUUCGAAUGAGAAUAAAUCCACCUGCAGAUAUUAAUACUUUCUUUAUUAGUCUUACUACAAUUUAUCGUGAAUUAAAUCAAAAACAAGCUUUUCAG